AUGGUGGAUUGCAUAUUUAUAUUUACAAGAAUUCUGUUCAUCUCCUGCUGUUUUCUGACUAUACAUUGUGCACAACCCAACUGUACAUCUGUGACUGACUUUGAUGAUUGUCCAGGGAAUAUAACAGAUUUCUGUCCAGAGAAUAUUGUUUGUGCAUGCAAAGAUGGAGAGCCUUUUUGCAAAUGUCCAAACUUCAGAGGCCGGUGGGGAAACUAUUGGUUCAUGGGAGCUAAAUGUGACCAGCUCUGGAAUACCCUGGAUCUGAUUUUAGUAGCAACAUUGCCUGGAAUAGGAUUGGCUUUAAUAGUUGGUGUGACAAUCCAGACAAUCCACUACUGUAAAAAGAAAUCGAAGAAGAAUUUAGAUAAUAACCGAGAACAGAAGAGUUUGUCUGGACUUCGACCUCAGCAUAAUUCUGCAUAUGCUUUCGAAACUAAUUUGAGGCCUCCUCAACCUGAUCAAGACCAGAAUCCUUGGAGCUUAUCCCAUCAGGGGGUGCUUCCUGGAAGUCCUGUAUCUCCAUCAUCACAGUUCUCCGGAAGAAAUUAUAACUUUAUGAUUCAUGAGCCCAAAGAGGACAAUCAUUACAACUAUCCAUCUCAUAAUUGGGAUGACUCUCAGGGACCAGCUAAACCUGAAGCAGUUUAUUGGAACAAAUACUCUUCAAACAUGCACAUGAAGCCACUCUUCGAUUUUUCUACACCAGGAGUUCCAAAAUCAAGCUACAUUCAAAAAGAGAGACAACACAUUGGUUAUUCAAGUUCUGAAGAGCCACUGCCGCCCCCCGCAGCAAUCUACAUCACGGUCCUAGUCCGACUGGCGGCGGCGGCGGCGGCGUUGGCGGUGGCGGCAGCCGCAGGUAAGGAGACUACUGAGGAGAAACUAGAGGGACCCGGGUCCGCCGUGUUCAGUGCCUCUUGUGUGAGGGGAGGAGAAGCUCACACCCAGUAUACAGUGUAG